CUGACACAAAGUUCUCGUGGCAGGUCUUCCAGCCAGGCUGACUGAAGCACCAGUUACCAAGACCUCAACGGUGCCCAGGCAGGCAGCCACUGAAGUGCUUAGUGGUGUCCAGGCCUAAGGAUGGAGUAUGUAAAGGCUGAUUAGGAGCUGGCUCCUUGUCCUGGCUCUAAAGCAGCAGCCGAAAUCCAAGAACGCUGGAGCAGAGCCAGGGGUUCCGAGGGGGCGCGCGCGCGCGCACACACACACACACACACACACACACACACACACACACCCCUCCCGCGGCGAGGCAGGGCCGGCAGAUGGACCGCCGACGACGCGGGGCUUGGGCGUCUGGCCGACACAGGCGUGCCUGUUGCAGCCUGCAGGACAAAGCCAGCUAGACAAAGGCGCGGCCAACACCUGUCGCUCCUGGCCGGCCUGCCGCUUUUCUCUGCGGAAGCGGCUGCAGCUGCCAACUGUCACGGGCAUCAAGUUACUGGGGCCAGACAGCAGCCUCGGCCUGCAGGAACCAAGAAUAGAAGGGGGAGGAGCUGAGAGGGACUGGGGGUAGUGGGGAUGGGGGACUCUAAGGGGACUCGCGGGGAAGGGAGGUGAGCGUGGAGAGGGGUUGGGGAACAGGGAUGUGUGAGACCACCGCAAAGAGGAUGCGGAGGAACUAGAGGGAAAUGAGAGGCGCUUAGGCGGGUACGGGGUGAUGAACAAGGAAGGAGAAGCUUGACUGGGGGCAGUUGGGGUGGGGUUAAAAUAGACAAGGUAGUGGUUGGGUAAGUGACUUAGAGCACAGAGAAAUAGAGAUUUAGUAAGAACGACCGCGGACCUUGGAGUAAGAAGGUUAUAGGUGUCUUAAUGGGUCCAAAAGGACACACAAGGGUCCUGUUCCUGCUGCUAAAUUGGCUCGUACUUUCCCCGGACUUUGCACUCUCGCCACCGGUGACCCGAAGCCCCUUCCAGGUCCCGAGGUCACGGACUUGACUUUGGCACUGCCCUGUCUGAAGUCAGCUCUGGGACUGGAGCGCUAUUCUCGAGAGCACUUUUGGUGAACCAAGGGAAGCAAAUGCCCUGUAGGAAUGGAUGGGUGAAGAGGUGGGUGGAAGGGCGGCAUGGAUAGAUAUACGGACCGAAGGAUGUAUAGCUAAGUCCGAGCUUACAGGCAGGCAGGUCUGGCCUCAUAACUCAGCGAAAGGAAGUACAAGCACACCAGCAAGAGAGAAGCCGGAGGUCACUGCCCAGGAGUCCUGCCCGGCCUAAGUGGCAGGAGGUCUGGCUGUGGGCUCCGCCCCGCCAGCUGCCAGAGACCCGCGGGGCCUGACAAAGCGCGCCGCUCUCAUUGGCUACAGGCUGCCUCACGGCUGGCCUCUCCGACCACGCACAGCCAAUCGGUGCAUUGACAUGUAAAUAAGUUGCUAUAAAAUGGGCGGGGUCCCGCGGGCCGGAAGACUCCGGAGAGCUAGUGGGGCCUCCGGGCUGCGACCCACCUCGCUGAGUAGUUUGCACUAGGGCGCCGGGCUCCGUAGACCAUGGCUCCGUCCCAGGCGCCCAGCCGGGACCGUGCAGGCCAGGAGGAUGAGGACCGCUGGGAAGCACGGGGGGACCGCAAGGCCCGGAAGCCCCUGGUGGAGAAGAAGCGACGCGCACGGAUCAACGAGAGUCUUCAGGAGCUGCGGCUGCUGCUGGCCGGUACCGAGGUGCAGGCCAAGCUAGAGAACGCCGAGGUUCUGGAGCUGACCGUGAGGCGCGUGCAGGGCGCGCUGCGAGGCCGGGCGCGCGAGCGGGAGCAGCUGCAGGCUGAAGCAAGCGAGCGCUUCGCUGCUGGCUACAUCCAGUGCAUGCAUGAGGUGCACACGUUCGUGUCCACGUGCCAAGCCAUCGAUGCCACUGUCUCAGCUGAACUCCUGAACCACCUGCUAGAAUCCAUGCCGCUGCGUGAGGGUAGCAGCUUUCAGGAUCUGCUGGGGGACUCCCUAGCUGGGCUGCCUGGAGGCUCUGGGAGGAGCAGCUGGCCUCCAGGAGGGUCCCCAGAAUCCCCAUUGUCCAGUCCCCCAGGUCCCGGGGACGACCUGUGUUCUGACCUAGAGGAGAUCCCAGAGGCUGAACUAAACCGGGUGCCUGCUGAGGGGCCGGAUUUGGUGUCUACAUCCUUAGGCAGCCUGACUGCAGCUCGCCGGGCUCAGAGUGUGUGGAGGCCUUGGUGACCAACACUUACCAGGGACCUGUGAAUGGUGGCUGCCAUCCUUAAGUUUGCUUCCUCCCUGGGUAUCAGAUAAGGUGGAGACAGCUCAGGAUGCCCCCCAGGUAUGCCCUCCCCACUCUCCAACAGAUGACUUGAAUGACAACCCUAAUGGCCAGGCCCUGCAGGUCCCUAGCACUAUUUUUUCGUGGACCCUAGAGCUCUGGAUGGUGGCUGGGGGGCCAGGGGGUGCACUAAAGAAAGACAGGAGACUUUUGGAGAGCUGCCAGGGCUCCCUCGUGUUCACCUCUCCCUGCCUUUUGGGCAUUCUGAGGAUCUAGGGCAGAAGUGGCCAAUCUUGAGACUGAGCAUUAGGGUCCUGGGCAGGGACACACAGGCCACAGCAAUCCUGACCUGAAAGGAAGUUCAGAUUUGCUACUUUGGCUAUGAGACCAGGGGAGGCGGGCAUAUUCUGCGGUCACUGAAGCUGCUCCUCGUUUGUAACACAGUUGCGCGCGUGUGAGUUUGGUUGCCAUCCCAUCGAUGCUCCAACCGAAUUAAAUAAAGAACUUUGGAGUUAGUUGCUCCUGGUGUACUGUCA